AUGCCUCCCAAGAAGCGAGAUAAAGACAGUGAAACUAAUAAAAACUCUAAAAUUGACCACUUGCAAGCUGACCAUGAAUUGUUUUUACAAGCAUUUGAAAAACCCACACAAAUAUACAGAUUUCUGCGGACCCGCAAUAUGCUUUCGCCAAUUUUUUUAAAUAGAACCCUGUCCUAUAUGAAGAGAAGGAUGUCUAGAAGUAAUAAAAGUCGUAUAGGCUUCAAAGUGGACACCUUAUUAGAAAAGGUUACUCUAAAAAAGAGUACAGAACUUCAGCCCAACAGCUUAGGAGGUUACAUGACUCUAACAUUCCUAGGAUUCUAUGACAAAAACCUUGACGACUCAAGAGACUACCAAGUUAAAGUGGAAACACUGCUCCUAAAAAUUUGUCAUAAAAAAAGAAAAGAAAGCUCUUCAGCUAUAGUUGAAGUUUCUGUUGGCAGUUGCUCAGUACCAUUGAAUCCUUCAACAUCUGAGCCUCCUGCCAUGGCAUCUGCAGUGAGCAUCUCCAGUGACACAUUUAGUCCCUCACAGGGGCCAAAUGUUAAAUCCUAUAUGCUCAUGCUGAGAGUUACUGUCACACGGGUAUCGGGGAACGGGACGAAUGGUGCAAGCACUAGUGAAAUAACGAAUGGUGAUAGUGAUGAGCCGGUAACAAAACGUCUCAAAUCAUCAUCAGACUUAAACUCUAAUGAUGCUAACAAGUGGACUAAAUUGUAUGGGAGUGAAUUAAUAGUGUACGACAAACAUAAUCGUUGUUUACUAACUAAUGGAGAGUACGACCUGGUACUCCACGAUGCGACUCCGGGCGGAAGGAGCGCUACCAUAGCCAAGUCCCCUCACAAAGCCUUAAUGGCUCAGUGGGAAACUAUACCUAGCGAACACGACAUCCCAGGAGAGGCCAAUCCUUUCGACAUAUUCAAAGUGCGACCCCUUCUCAAAUUGAAGCUAAGCUGGAGUCAGGAGCCCACCAACGGUCUUGUGAACAGACCUAAGCUUUACCAACAGACUAGUGAAAAUGGACACAAAAAAGAAUCAAGCAAAGAUAGACAAUCUACUUCCAAAUCUAGUACUAAUAAUAGUGAUCCCAAAAAUGGUGAAAAACAGAAAUCAGAACAAACCGAUGGUGAAGCUAAACGUCAACAAAUAAUCUAUCAGUUUCUGUACAACAACAACUCGCGUCAACAAACAGAGGCGUGCGAUGACUUACACUGCCCGUGGUGCUCCCUGGACUGUGGUACCUUAUAUUCUCUGCUCAAACACCUCAAGCUUUGUCACUCCAGAUUUAAUUUCACAUAUUUUCCAAUACCCGGCGGUGCUCGUAUCGACGUGUCUAUAAACGAGCUGUACGACGGCUCUUACACGGGCUCACCGCACGAUCUGAUCGCUGCUCAAGGUCGGGGCGCCGGUGGGCCCACAGGCAGUUCCUCGGGUCCCAGAGCUGGUCCCACGAGACGUACUUCACUCACACAUGUGCUCGUCUGGAGAGCUCGACCCAGACGUCGCCCGCACAGACACAGUCUUGCAGAAUUUUUGGAGCUUGAUGAUGCUGAGUUAAUUGAUGCACAGAGACCGUACCUUACAGGACACAACAGAUUGUAUCACCACACCAUCACAUGCCUACCUGUAUACCCCAACGAGCUAGACAUCGACUCCGAGAGCGAAACUGACCCUCUAUGGCUGCAGCAGAAAACUAUGAUGAUGAUCGACGAGUUCACGGAUGUCAACGAGGGCGAAAAGGAACUCAUGAAGAUGUGGAAUCUGCACGUCAUGAAGUACAAUUAUGUCGGCGACUGCCAGAUUCCUCUCGCCUGCCAAAUGUUCCUUCAAAUGCGCGGCAAAGAACUCCUCGAGAAGAAUCUGUACAGAAACUUCGUACUACACAUGGCUUCUCUCCACGACUUCGGACUACUCAGCCCCAUCGCGUUAUAUCAGACCGUACAAAUGCUCAACCAAAUGUUGGCGGACAACGCCGAAGCCAAAGAAAAGAUGCGCGAAUCUCUGAGAGCUCAGCGCGAGCACUGGAACGCUGUGGGCAAGUACCAGCAGCCCGUCGUCAUCGAGCAGAAGCCGCAGCCCUCCAGCGCUAAGCUCAACAGCGUCGAGGCCUCGCCUUCCGUGCGCCGGAAAACGUCCAACAUGCACGCCAACAGGCUCACCAGCCGCAAGCGCUCGCGCUCGCGCUCCCGCAGCCGGAAGAGCUCCGUAUAG